CACCAAAGCGGCCACACUCUGUCGCACGCCUCGAGCACUCCCCACUCUCACGCCGCCGCCGCGGCGCGAAGAUGAAGGCCAUCGGGAGCGGCGGCGACUGGUGGUGGAACCUCCCGUCUCUCCGCCGCAAGUCUGACUCCCGUCGCCGCGGCAGACGCAGCACUGACCCCCGCGGCCGCCGCCGCGGUCCCCCGCGGGAGCCGCUCUCGUCGUCGUCGUCCGAGUCCAUCGGCCAGAGCCGCGGCUGGCACAUCGGGUUCCCCUUCAGGCAGGCGGCCACUGCAGCCUCUCUCACCUUCACCGGCGACACCAUCGCGCAAGUCCGCCGCCGCAUCGUCGACCGCCGAACCCGCGGUGCCGGAUCCGAGAGCAAGGGACUGAUACCAGACAUACUGUUGAACCACGAUUGGCUUCGUGCACUUCGUAUGGCUUCCUAUGGAUUUCUUCUUUAUGGUCCAGGUUCAUAUGCAUGGUAUCAAUUCCUUGAUCGGUGUAUGCCCAAACAGACAUUUGCAAAUUUGUCCGCUAAGGUCAUACUGAACCAGAUCGUGCUUGGUCCUUGUGUUAUUGCUGUAAUUUUUGCUUGGAACAACUUAUGGUUAGGGAAACUGUCAGAACUGCCAUCUAAAUAUCAGAAUGAUGCCCUUCCUACACUUCUAUAUGGGUUUAAGUUUUGGAUUCCUGUAUCGAUUGUCAACUUUGGGAUGAUUCCUUUGUCUGCUCGUGUUGCCUUCAUGUCCUCUUGUUCCAUUUUUUGGAACUUUUAUCUAUCGACUACUAUGAGCAAAUGAAACCCCCAGUUCAUCAGAGUUGCUUACCUAUCUGGAACUUCACGCUGAACAAUCUGACAUGAUGUAUGAUAAUAUACGAGCCUCGGGUUAUUGGUUAGAUUCAUUCAACGGCAACAGCAGAGGAUCUGAAGGAGUUAGUUGCAGCAGGCAUAACUGUUCACCGUAAGGUCUCCCCUCUUGGACAGUUCUGGUGGUGUUAUUUUGAGCCUUGAGGCCUUAUUCAAGAUGUUGCAUGAUCAUAAGAUCAAUGGGGACGUGCAAUUUUGUCUAAUUAUGCAUGGAACAUCUGGCUCCAAUUUGACUUUAAAUGGCAUUGAGUUUGUUAUUUAGGAUGUGUUGAAGCAACUUUACUUCUAUAACAAUGGCAUAUUGAUAUAUAUCUUUGAAUAGAAAUGAGGUGUAUAAGUUAUGUUGUCAAGAGGAAUAUGAAUUCUGUUGCUGGAUGUGUUAA